AUGAUGGAGCCGUCGACGUCUUAUAGUUCUCCUUCGGCUGCUGUUGCUGCUUCUUCAUCUUCUGGGGAUGAAGCGGACCUUUUCGUGGGAGGGAUUUCGAGGGAAACAACGAGGUACUGGCUGGUGCAGUAUUUCUCCAAGUACGGCAAGGUGGCAUGGGCCAAAGUCAUUGAGAACAAGAUCACCGGCGGCAAUAGGGGCUUCGCCUUCAUCAAGUUCGUAGACUUGGAUGCUGCAGAGAGAGCUCUCGCCGACACCAAAGAGCACAUCAUCUUGGGGAAAAAGGUAGAAGUUAAAAAAGCCAUGCCCAAAUACGUUGGAUACCAAAAUCAUCAACCUUCACAUGCAAAGCUACUUAAUAACAUUGCAAAUUCUUAUGGUGGGAUCUCUUUUAACCCGAAGAAGAUUUUUGUAGGCGGUUUGCCUCAUAACCUAAUGGAGGAUGAGUUUAGCAAUUUUUUUAAGCAGUUUGGUACAAUUACGAAUGCUGUUAUGAUGCAUGAUAAGUUUGGCCGACUAAGAGGCUUUGGCUUCGUUGAAUUUGACUCAGUGGAGGUUGUUGAGAAGAUAUUGCAGAAUAGGUUUUACAAGUUGAAAGAUAAGGAAAUGGAGAUCAAGAGAGCGGUGCCUAAGAAUGCUAAUACCUAUAACAACAAGAAAAUCAACUCUUGUUUCAGUGAAUAUGCGAUGAUUGGUUGUGGAGGAGGAUAUGGUUUCGGCUAUGACCAAGCUAGUUCCUACCCAAUGUAUGGCCCUGGAUACGCAUGUUUCCAAGAUUAUGUAUCUCCAUUUUUUCUUGGCUACACUUCUCAAUAUUGGAGCUUUGUUGGAGGAUACCCUAUUGGAUGUUUCUGGAUUUGA